AUGCGGAAAUCUUUUUUUGCCGUCACGGCAGCUGGUACAGCCUUCCUAACUCUGGUCUCUGUCGUUGUUAUCAUUUAUUUGGUGCAUGAUAUCAAUGACUUCUACGAUGAAGCGAUUAAGGAACUUUCGGAGUUCAACGGUUAUGCCGAAUCCGCAUGGCAUGAAAUGCGACCAUCACCCCGUGUACGACAGAAAAGGAGCGGUUCCUCCAAACAAGAACCCAGAAAAACUCGCCAAUGGCCAGCACACUGCGCUUGUGGAACGGUAUCGAGGGGCUGUCCUGUUGGACCACCUGGUCCACCAGGCUUGCCUGGACUUGAUGGAGAGCGUGGCCCUCCAGGUGCGCCGGGUAGACGCGGAAAUGACGGUAUCAGCAUAAGUGGUGGAGGUGGAGCAGGUGGAUGCAUAGCAUGCCCGCCGGGACCUCCAGGACCUGCAGGACCCGAUGGACACCCGGGUUUACCCGGACCCCCGGGAAUGCCUGGACAAAGUGGAGCUGGAGGAGGCAUGGGUCCACCAGGACCGCCCGGACCUAUGGGAGACCCCGGGCCAGGUGGAGCGCCUGGGAAUGCAGGAGCACCAGGCAUGCCAGGAAGCCCGGGACAACGCGCCAAGGGCACAAUGGGAGCGCCCGGAAUGCCAGGUCCAAUGGGAGCGCCUGGCCUACCUGGGCCAGCUGGACAAUUUGGUGGAGCGCCAUCGCCCGGUCCACCUGGCCCAAUGGGACCACCUGGAAGGCCCGGCCAACCAGGACCAGAUGGAAUUCGGGGACCUCCUGGAUCUUCUGGUGUGCCAGGCGGUGAUGGUCACUACUGCCCUUGUCCACCUCGUCAUAUCAAGCGAAGGAACAGUGUUGGCACUUCACGCAAGAAAGAAACUUUUCAAGAAUUUGCACUUUCGAAGAGCAAGGUUCAUGAAGGCAACGUUUCCAUCAAAAGUACCCGUAGUGUUCGUAAGCAGAAGAAAGCACGCAGGCUUUCCAAAAUUUAG